UCUAUCCGGGGAGGGAAAAGGCGGCCAUUUUGCCGCCGCCGCCGCCGCCGGUGCCUCUGCUGCUGCUAGGCUGAAGCGGGCGACUGAGGAAGGACCGAGGUGGUGGUGGUGGCGGCGGGGGAGAAAAGGGCGAGCGAGCAAGCAAGAAAGAACCGCGCCAGGGAGAGGAGAGGGGAGAGCAGCAUAGAGGGCCGGCUCGCUCGGGAGCUGCGGCGGUCGACCCGGCAGGCGGGCUCCGGCUUGGCGGGCGCGCUCCCUCCUCUCCCCACCCUCCCGGCCGCUGUGGGGCGAUGGCGGAUAUUGACAAGCUCAACAUCGACAGCAUCAUCCAACGGCUGCUGGAGGUGAGAGGGUCAAAACCAGGUAAAAAUGUCCAGCUACAAGAGAAUGAAAUAAGAGGAUUGUGCUUGAAAUCACGAGAGAUCUUUCUCAGUCAGCCCAUUCUAUUAGAACUUGAAGCACCGCUUAAAAUCUGUGGUGACAUCCAUGGGCAGUACUAUGACUUACUUCGACUCUUUGAAUAUGGAGGUUUUCCACCAGAAAGCAACUAUCUAUUCCUUGGUGACUAUGUUGAUCGAGGGAAGCAGUCCUUAGAAACUAUCUGCCUUUUACUGGCCUACAAGAUAAAAUAUCCAGAGAAUUUUUUCCUCCUUAGAGGGAACCAUGAAUGUGCCAGUAUUAAUAGAAUUUAUGGCUUUUAUGAUGAAUGUAAAAGAAGAUACAACAUUAAGCUAUGGAAAACGUUUACAGACUGCUUUAAUUGUUUACCAAUUGCAGCCAUUGUGGAUGAGAAAAUAUUCUGCUGUCAUGGAGGCUUAUCACCUGACCUUCAAUCAAUGGAGCAAAUUCGACGAAUUAUGCGCCCCACUGAUGUGCCGGAUCAAGGCCUUCUUUGUGACUUGCUGUGGUCUGACCCUGACAAGGAUGUCCUGGGAUGGGGUGAAAAUGACAGAGGAGUCUCCUUCACGUUUGGUGCAGAAGUGGUUGCAAAGUUCCUCCAUAAACAUGACUUGGAUCUCAUAUGCAGAGCUCAUCAGGUGGUCGAAGAUGGAUAUGAGUUCUUUGCAAAAAGGCAGCUGGUGACUCUCUUUUCUGCCCCAAAUUACUGUGGAGAGUUCGACAAUGCAGGUGCUAUGAUGAGCGUGGAUGAGACUCUAAUGUGCUCCUUUCAGAUCUUGAAGCCUGCUGAGAAAAAGAAGCCCAAUGCCAGCCGACCCGUAACGCCACCCAGGGGUAUGAUUACAAAACAAGCAAAGAAAUAAUUAUUCUUGGCACUGCCUAGUUGGGACUUGUACUAUAGUAUAUAAUCUUCAUUUUUAAGAAAACAAAUGGUAAUGUGUAUCGGUCAGCUUGCUAAGGCUAGAAUAAUAUGUUUGUGUUUUGGGUUUUUUUUUCCUGUUUUGAUGGAUGGCAUUUGCUGGUUGUAACAGCAAAUGAUACUUUCUCCCUUCUCAAGAAGAGUUUUAAAGAAUUCUGUAUUCCUUUGGAGAGAGAGAAAUAAAAACCCUUCUCCUUGUUGGUGUUCCAACUGUACACUUCACAGCAACUUAUCCUGUCAUUCCGGGUAAUUGUACAACUGACUCUUUGAACCUGUACAGAUGCCUGCUCUUUCUUUCUUUUUAGGACCCAAGGAAGCACUAAAGUGCUCCCCGACUAUGAAACUUGUUACUGUCAAAUUACAUACUGUUUAUACAAACCACUGUGAAUGUCUUUUUUUAAUUUUAAUGUUUUUGUUUGUUUCAAAGGGAUUGCUUUUUUCUUGUCAUGUACACAAGUUGUGUUGCUCUCAACACUUUGAAACCCCCCUCGACUCUUACCAGGUUCACUGGUAUGAUGUAUAUUUUAAUUCAAGCACAUUUCCCUCCUGCAUACUUCAAAAAUGACAAUUAAAGCCAUUGUUUUAAAGGCUUGUAUCUCUUUUUGUGCAACCAAAGGGGGGAAACUUAGGAGAUGCAUCAGUGAUGGUUGUCAAGAUUUUAUCCUUGCAGAUGAACAGAUGACUUCUGCAGCAUUACUCUUUGCUAGUUCAUCAACUCAAGUGCAGGAUUAAAGCAUGUCCAUACUUUCUCCUGUGCUAUUUUAGCCAGUUUAGAAAGCUGUAUCAUGUGGAGAGCUGUUCCAGGGAUUAACAUUCAUUUAAGGAAAUCCUUGCAGCUGAGGACCUACUCCACACAGCUUCAAAAGCCAGCUACAACAGUAAAAGUUCUGUUCACCUGUUCCCAUGAAUCUCACACACUAUCUUUUUUUAAAAACAAAACUGUAUUCUUAUUUUGAACAGAUGACAGUGUACAAUACAAAUGUGAUAAAAAUGCUUAUUAAAUGAACAACUUGUUAAA